AUGUUGAGGAUACCUCGCAUUACAUCCUCUGUAUAUCGAGUAGUUCCACGACGAAAACCAAACGUUCUAGUUUCGGUCAGAUGUAUCACAGUAGGCGAUGUGUUUGGAAAAGUUGAUGUUUCUGUAAGUUUCUCGACGUUGUUUGUUUGAUUUUUAGGGUUGGUAGAAGCUUCAGAGUGUUGUUGUGUUGUGGAAUUUAUUUUUGAGCAGUCCAAGAUAUUUAUGGGCAAUAAAACAAGGUUUUAGUUGAGUAAUAUAGCAGUUUUUUGGUUUGAAAACAGAUUGAAAUGUAUAAUUUCAGAAAUUGCCUGACAUUCCGCCAGUCCCACAACCUCCAGCGCCGGGACCAUCAAUAACAGAGCUAUUAGAAGCAAAACAAAGUAUUCUUAAUGAAUUGGGCUUGUUUUCGUGGUAUACGCCGUCUAGUUACUUUAGAUAUGCAUUAGAGUCUAUGCACAUGCAUCUUGAUAUUCCGUGGUGGGCCGCGUUGAUGAUGAGUAAGUUAGAUAUGCAUUUAUUUGUUAAAUAAACAUAUAAACUGGCGUUUUUAACGGUUUUUGUGUUUUUUUAUAAGUUAUUUAAAUUUCAGCGACACUUGCUUUGAGGUUAUUAUUGGUGAAAGUUGUGGUUUUGUCGCAAAAGAACGUCGCGAUUCAAAGUCAUCAUCGAAAAGAACUUGCCGCGUUUCAAGAAAGAAUGAAUGAGGCUAAAGGUGAAGGGAAUAAUAUGCUGAGUAAGUUAAUUUGCUUGUUUUUAGGGGUUAGGUAACAACAACAAGGGAAUUAUUUUUAUUUUGAAUGUAAAGUACGAUAGUUGGAUAAGUCUAAACAUAAUUUUUUAGUGCAACAAAUCUUGAUAGAACAACGUGACUUUUUCCGUGCCAAAGACAUCAAAAUCGGCCGGCAGAUAGUGAUCUUGAUGGGAAAUGCCAGUGUUUUCAUGACCCAAUUCUUCGCCGUUCGAAAAAUGGCAAAUCUUCCGUAUCCGGGCUUCGACAAAGGCGGUACUUUGUGGUUCCAAGACCUGACUGCUUGUGACCCAUAUUACGCUUUGCCUUUGAUUUCGGCCGUUACCAUGUUCGCCGUGCUAAGGGUGGGAAUUGAGGCUGGUCAAUCGUCGGACACAAUGACACCGGCCAUGAAAUACGGAAUGCAAAUUGGAUUACCUCUUGUUGUGUUAGUUUCCAGCAGUCAGUUCCCAGCAGCGUUGUGUGUCUACUGGUGCACAUCAAACAUUAUCUCGUUGGCUUAUGCUGGUUUGUUCAGGAUCGAGCCGAUUAGAAAAGUUUUCGGCAUCCCCAAGUUUAUCCCACCACCGAAGAAGCAGGAAAAAGGAAUUAAGGGCGCUUGGCAGGAUUAUAAAAGUGAGUUAUGGUUAGCUUGUUGUUGUUAUAGUUAAUUUAAUUUUUGAUGUACAUACUUUAUUGUAAAUCAAUAGUUCCUUAUCUUGUAAGACAACGUUUUAAUAAUAUUUUAGUAGAAAAGGGCUUAUAUUAUAAAUAUCAGAAUUAAAAAUCUUUUUAAUAAAGUUCAAGUUCUCACAUGCCUUGGUUUAAAAAAUAAAGAAAAACUUAUUCCAGAAGCAAAAGCUGCUCCCCCAACGCUAGAAGAACUAAAGAAGAGAGAUCAAGCCAAUUUUAAACAAGCCGGCCGUGCCAAACCGAUUGAACGAUCGGAAAACCAAUAG